AUGGAAGCUGAUUUGGAAGAAGAAUAUCAGAAGGGUAUAACAAAAGGAGUAUGGGAAGCCACACAAUUUUGUCAAUUUGGGACUCCAGUGGUUCCUAUCAAGAAGGCUGUGCUCCCAGGACAAAAGAAACCCAAGAUCAGAGUCUGUGGGGAUUAUUCUGUCACAGUCAACCAUCAACUGGAGGAUCAUCGUCAUCCGCUUCCUCUCCCCGAGGAUCUUAUGAGAAGAUUAGGAGGAGGAUAUGGAUUCACCAAAAUUGACUUGGCAGAUGCAUAUAACCAAAUCAAGCUUGCGCCGGAAAAACUGGCUACAAUAGCAGAGCCUUUGUACAAGCUGACAAAGAAGACGGUCAAGUGGAAAUGGCAACAAGAACACCAAAAGUCUUUCCAACGUCUGAAAGACUUGCUUUCUUCAAAGAAUGUCCUGGUUCAUUUUGAAGAGAAGCACACCCUAGGUCUGGCAUGCGAUGCUUCAAACAGUGGAAUUGGAGCCGUAUUAUUUCAUCGUUUUCCAGAUGGAAGCGAGCGCCCAAUUGCCAACGUCUUCAAAACUCUCACAGAAAGUCAAAGGAACUAUAGCCAAAUCCAAAAAGAAGCACUGGCAAUUGUGUUUGGAUUGAAGAAGUUCUACCAGUACCUAUUUGGACGGAAGUUUGUACUGGUCACAGAUCAUCGACCACUGUUAGCCUUAUUUGGGCCAGGAAAAGAUGGUCCUCUAAUGGCUGCUAACCGACUGGCUCGUUGGGCUCUAAUGUUAAGCCAAUUCAACAACAAGAUUGAAUUCAGGAAGACUAAGGAUCACGCUAAUGCUGACGCUCUCAGUCGUCUAUCUCUGCAGGAAGAUUCACAAUUUGAUGAGGAGGAAAGUGUAGAUGACACAUUAAUGGUCUGCCAGAUACAGACAAUCGACGAGAAAGUCACUCCAGCAGAACAAGGUUCUCUUGCAAGAGAGUCAGCAAAGGAUCCAAUAAUCUCAAUGGUAAUGAGAUUCAUUCGAGAAGGCUGGCAACCAAAGAAGAACGAUGAAGGAACGGAAAUGCACAGAUUCCGACAGGUUGCUACUUUACUGUCCAUAUGUAAUGGUUGUUUAGUCCAUGGGUGGAGAGUGGUGAUUCCAGCAAGCAUGAGAAGAAACGUUCUAGGACUUCUUCACCUAGGACACUUUGGAAUGCAGCGAAUGAAGCAACUGGCUCGCACGGCUGUCUAUUGGCCAAACAUCGAUGAGGAUAUUGAGGCCAUAUGCAGACACUGCAUACCUUGCGGUCAGCAUCAGAACAGACCAGCCAAACCUGCAAUUCACCCAUGGAUGCUUCCAGAGAAACCCUGGAGCAGAUUACACCUUGACCAUGCGAUCAACUUCAUGGGUACAAACUGGUUGCUGCUUACAGAUGCAUAUUCUAAAUACCCAUGCAUCCAUCCAACACAGUCUGUUUCAGCCAAAGCUACGGUUGACCUAUUGGAGCAGGACUUUGCGCAUUUCGGUUACCCACACACCUUAGUAACAGAUAACGCUUCUGCAUUCAUGUCAGUCGAAUUCCAGACUUGGUGUAAAGAGCGACUGAACUUGGAGCAGCUGAACGACUUGUGCAAACUUUCAAGCAGGCACUCAAGAAGUCAAGUCUUCCUCCCAGAAAAGCCCGCGCAUACAGCCCAGGGAAAACAAGCGAGAGAGGCUACCAAAUCCCAGCAGAAAGAGAUUAUCUCUAAAGUAGUAACAUCUUAUAAAGUCGAAGAUCCUGUCUACGCCCUCUACUUUGGUCCUAGAAGAGACAAAGAAGGUCGUUGGGUGCCAGCUGUAAUCAUCAAGCGCAAAGGCUCUCGAUCUUUCAAUGUUCGAGUACAGCCAAAAGGCCCUACUUGGAGACGACACCUUGAGAAGUUGCAGCCGCGUUAUGCUUCAGUAGAAGAUGAUGAUCCCGGAGUUCCUCCUUCGCCGUCUACAGAGAGAGCAACUCCACCUCUGAUUAGCGCUGCUACUUCCGUGGAACUGCCAGGAUCUGCCACCGAAAGAAGGCCAGCUACACCAGAGUACGGUCCUCACAACCCACGAAGAUCAAAACUUGCCCCUAAGCCUAAGAAGAUUUUCUCGCCUUCGCCUUGA